AUGGUAUUACAUAAGCUUUGUUGGUACAUAUACCUUAUAAGACCCAGCCCCCACAUCAAACUCGGCGCCGCCGACGCGGAGGCCCCCUACCGCCGCCGCUUCUCCGCCACGGAGUUCUUCCCGCGCGACAUCGACGCCGUGCUGAAAAACAAGCUGAACCUGGGCACUUUCCUCGCCGUGCCGAAGGGGUCACCCUACGGCGGCGCCGCCGGGUCGUGGCCGGGCGCGGAUGAGUUUCUGGCGAGUCAGCCCGAGUCGUGGGCCGUGCUCAGCGUGUGGAACAGCGAAGACGUGUACACGCUCGAGGUCCGCGGCGCGUCGCGCGUGAGGAGGGCCCUGGCGAGGACCACGCGGGCGGUGGACCGGGCACUGCCGUGGCUCCGCCUGCCGUCGGUGCCGGAGGUUUUCCGACCGUUUGGGUUCCACUUCCUGUACGGGAUCGGCGGUGAAGGCCCGAACGCGGCGAGGAUGGUGAGGUCACUGUGUGCAAUCCACGAUUCACAGUGUAGCCUUCUUCUCUCGUCAAAGUCAAGCACAGUGGUGAUUGCCGGCCUAAGUGUGUAG